GUUCAACUUACGGUCCUGACCCCCAAACGCUCAAACCACCAUACAAUCCCACCGCAAUGCCUCCCCAUUUAAACAAAGAUAAACCCCAUCUUCUCUGUAUUCUUAAUAGCUCACUCAAAGCACGUGCUAUGAAGCACAUACUACAAAGCGCAUGCUAUUUUUAAAUCCAUUCAUCCUCGUUUCGUCUAUAAAUGUAUGGCCUCUUCCUCCUCUCCCCUCAUCAUACUCACUCCCAUCCACCCUCAACAAGUACAACAAACAAAUAAACAAAUAAACAACAACAUCAAUCCUUCAAGAUGAGAUUCUCUGCUCUCCUCGCUAUCAUUCCCCUGGCUUCGGCCCUUCCUCAGGUCCCGGCUGCUGUCGAGGCCCGAGCUAUCGAACCCCGAACUGCAUGCUCUGAUACGCGAGACACCUGCGUGGUCAAGUGCAGACCUACCGGGCUUGGCUACAUCUACUGCGUGAGCAGCUGCAACGCCGCCUACUUGUGGUGCAAGGCCGACAGCGACGACGAGUAAGCGUGAUGCUUCAGAGGAGGGCUGAUACUUAAACUGUCAUGCCGACGUCCGUUUCCAUGUCUCAACAAUUCGCGUCUGUACCACUUAGGUGUUGAUGGAAUCGCCUACAGAUAGUUCAAAGUGGUAGAGUCACAUCUCCCAGGGCAAUGGAGUACAUAUCUUUGUUCUACUUGGGAUCUUAUAGAGUAAAGCAAAUAGAUAUAGAUACGAAGAGAG